AUGGCUGCUGAUUUUGCCGAUGAGGAGUCUGUUAGAGAGGAUGAAAACGAUUACGAUGUUAUAAUUAUAGGAGCAGGUUUAGCUGGUCUUACGUGCGCAUAUAACAUUCUGAGGAAAGAAACUGGGUUAGACGUAUUAGUCAUCGAAGCAAAUAGUAAAUAUUUUUCAAAAAUCAGAAAAAUAAAUGUUCAUCAUAAAGCUUGUCCAAAAUUAGGUGAAAUAGGAGGGCGCAUUUUACAAAAAAGCUUUAGCAAUACCUAUCACGCCAAUUCCUUGCAAGAACAUGUGACUGAUCUAGUGAAGAGGUUACAUAUAAAAAUUGAUCAAGCAUCUCGUAACGAGACAAACAAAAAUGUACUGUACACGAAUGAUACAUGGUUUGAAAUUUUACCGAAAUUUUAUGGAGCCGAGGUUCACGAUUUUUUUCGAACGAUCGAAGAAAGUGUAUUAAACUCAAAAUUUAGUAAUUACACGGGGAACGAAGAAGAAGCUAAGUAUCUUGCCGAGACAAGUGUUGAACAACUGCUACCUGUAAGAGACCUCAACAACGUCUCGGCACUUUGGUUUUUCGUUAUGCUGAACGGAGCAUCGGGUUUUUUGAAUCGAUUGAAAAUUAUGAUAGGUGAUAGUAAUCGAUAUUUCGUGCAAGAUGGUAUGUGCAAGAUUACGCAUAUUCUAUUAAAGAAUAUUUUACGACAGCAUGGAAAAAUAAGAUACGUAGAGCCAGUUAGUAAAAUUACAUUCAAUGAUGAUCGAGCUUAUGUGUCUACGACAAGGAAUUACUUCAGAUGCGAAUUCGUAGUUAUUGCGAUACCUCCAUCGAUGCAGAGUAGUAUCAUUAUCGAACCAUCUCUCUCUUCGAUAAAUAUCGAAACAUUGUACACACCGGCAGAAAAUGUGUUUUUCAAUGUGUUUUAUAAAAAGCCAUUUUGGAGAUCUAAUUCUGCAAAGGAUAUUAUCACCACUUGGGAUUCUAGUAACAAUUUAAACAUCGUUUACGAUGCAACUGUAGGCAACACGGAAGGAAUUGUGUUCGCUGGGUUUCUUGCCGAACCUAAUCUCGAUCAAACACAUAAGAGAGGACUGUUUGACACGUUGGAAGAUUGUUACGAAACCGUCGAAGCAUCGAGAUUUUUACGAUACAAAGAAUACGAUCAGUCAUUGAUAAAUGAUGAAAUGAAACCUGGUUGCCCUAUGAGUGUCCUGAAGCCCAUUUCCAUUCAGGAUUAUAUUAAUCAUACAGAAGCUUCUUACGAAAGGUAUGAGGAUGCUUUUAAAUAUCAACGUAAUCAAAGAUAA